UGGUAACGUCAUUGUCACUCAGUCCAAUCACACCCGAAGCUGCUAGCGGAGCGUUUUCCAUGCGUUCUGGGCAAAUCCAGCGGUGAAUUAAAUUAAUGAAUCGAGCGGGACGGAGCCAGCCGGAGUCUUUUCACUUGAGCUCAAGACCGUUCCGUUGUGCGGGGGAAAUGUUUUGUCGGUACGGGUACAGUAUUUAGGCGACAGGGGUUUGUUUAUCCUAGAAUGGAAUGACGGGGUUAAUAUCGCAUCAAGUGGACCACUACACCACUGUACAGAGUUGCAUUCAACAUUUUUCUAAAUCAUUGUUCUUCUACACCUGGCAAAGACGAAAUAUUCUGAUUUCUUCUGCACCCAGAGAUGUUCCCCUCCACCAGGAGCCUAUCUGAUGAACACACUCCAUGGUCAGAGGACUGCAGAGGUUCUGGACUGCAUUCCAACCAGAGGUGACAUCUAGUGGCAACUUCACUCCCAACAUAUUGGUGUCUCCAGAAUAUGCCAUCAGGACGUCAGCGCUAUGACCUUGAACCUGAACUCGUCCAGCUCUUCCCCUUCUGUAGACCCCAGUAUGUACCUGAACAACAGCUCCCCAGGGUUGAGGGCCUACGCCGACAACGCCAUCCUGGGCCUGGGCCUUGUGCUGGACAACGACUCCAUUACCAGGGACCUCACCAACCUGACCAGCUGGUCCAACACCUCCCUCCUUGAUCCCAUGGUGACCUAUGACCCUCUGGGAGGUCACACCAUCUGGCAGGUCAUCCUGAUCGUGUUCCUCACCGGGUCUCUGUCUCUGGUCACCGUCGUAGGGAACAUCCUGGUGCUCAUCUCCUUCAAGGUGAACAAGCAGCUGAAGACAGUGAAUAACUACUACCUCCUCAGUCUGGCCUUUGCUGACCUCAUCAUCGGAACUCUUUCCAUGAACCUCUACACUACCUACAUUAUCAUGGACCAAUGGGCUUUGGGGAACUGGGCGUGCGACCUGUGGUUGGCUAUCGACUACGUGGCGAGCAACGCCUCCGUCAUGAACCUGCUGGUCAUCAGCUUCGACCGCUACUUCUCCAUAACUCGACCUCUGACUUACCGGGCCAAGAGGACCACCAAGAGAGCUCUGACUAUGAUCAGCAUGGCCUGGUCCGUGUCCUUCGUCCUGUGGGCGCCGGCUAUACUCUUCUGGCAGUAUAUCGUAGGGGAGCGCACUGUGCCUCCUGGAGAAUGCUUUAUCCAGUUUCUCUCAGAGCCUAUUAUCACAUUCUGCACGGCCAUCGCUGCCUUCUACCUGCCGGUCACCAUCAUGACGGUUCUCUACUGGAGAAUCUACAGAGAGACAGAGAACAGGCAGAAGGACCUGGCGGGGUUGAGGGGUUCGGGGGCAGGGAACAAGGCGGGCCAGGGGGGUAGCCAGAAGGAGGAGGAGGAGAAGAAGGAGGAGGCCCAGGAAGAGGAGGCUCCCAUGGUGCCCAAGACAGGAAGCUCCAGGAGCUGCAGCAGUUACGAGCUUAACCAGGCCGGUCAGAAAGGCUCUGGAGCCAAGAAGACCAGAGGACCCUUCCGCUUCUGGCCGCUGACUAGGUGGUCCAAGAAGAAGACAAUCACAGUGGGAGGAGAGCCGGAACACAGCAGCUCCGGUAGCUGGAACAACAACGAUGGGGGCAGGGCCUCCAUGGACCAAUCAGACUCUGAGGACGAGGAGGGGGCGACGGAGUCAAGCCGAGCUAUCUAUUCCAUAGUGGUCAACCUGCCGGGGAUAAACUCCGCCCCUGGCAACAACCCUAACAAUGACCCCCAGCUGACAUCUCCUGAGGACCAGGAUGCUCCGAAGGACCCUCUCCGGCCACCAGGGGGCGAUAAUAAGGACAAAAAGACAUCCUCUAAUACCAGAAAGGAGAAAGACAAGGAAGACAACAGCUACCACCAACGCUCCUUCUCUAAAACCCCUGUCACUUCCUCGUCUUCCAUCCAGACCUCCACCAGGAGCCAAACAGGGGAUGUGUCCUCCACCUCCAAGUCCCCCUCCUCGGCCACCUCGGCCCCCAUCUCCCUGAAGGAUGCAGCCAUGGCCAAGCGCUUCGCCUCCAAAGCCAAGACCCAGAUCACCAAGCGUAAGAAGCAGAGUGUAGUCAAGGAGAAGAAAGAGAAGAAGGCCGCCCAGACUCUCAGUGCCAUCUUGUUGGCUUUCAUCAUAACCUGGACUCCCUAUAACAUUAUGGUGUUAGUCAACACUUUCUGUACUGGCUGCAUCCCUGAGGCUCUGUGGGCUCUGGGCUACUGGCUGUGUUACGUCAACAGCACCAUCAACCCCAUGUGUUACGCCAUGUGCAACCUCACCUUCAGGAAUACCUUCAAGAUGAUUCUGCUCUGCCGCUGGCAGGACAUCAACAAACGCAACAAGCCUCAGUUCCAGCAGAGGCAGACGGUCGCUUUCCGCAAGAAGGAGCCCUUGCAGGUGUAAUGUACUGGGGCCUGGGUCAGCUGUAGGACUCUGUCGGCCUCUCUGGGAUUGUUUAACAGGAUAGUUGGCCAGGGAGAUGGACUCUACUUACAAGCCUUUCUCAACAAUGAAGAGAUUACGUAAUAAUACAAAAGAAACAUAGUAACACGACAAAUAAAAUACACAAUUAUUUUGAAUUAACUCUGCAUCUCUUCCAACUAUUGACUUUUUUUUUCACACAACUGACAGACCAGUUUGGCGCCAAAACAUUGACAACAAAGACAUAUUGAUGUCGUAAAAUCAUUAAAAAAAACUGUCUUAAAAAAACACAGGACACUUCAUGAUGAAUCCCUCAUAUUUAACAGCAAUAGUAUUCACCAACUUGGUUAAUAUUUAGAAUAAUGUUUUACAGCUCUGUCAUUGUAUUUUUUAUUUUGAAAUCAUUUAUGUUGCAUGUGAAAAGGCCACACAGAUGACCAGGGAUAUUUCUACACGGACAGAAGGGGAGAUUUGAUUGGAUUUAUUUGGUGUUUAGGGCACCCAACCCAAAGGAAUAUUUGUCACAUAUAAAAGGGCUGUCAAAUGUAUGACAAUAUCUGUUGGUGUUUCCAAGCCUGGUUUGAACUGAACUGUUGCUAUACAGUUACAGAACUUCAACAAUCCUACAGAACACGGUUACAGAACACGGUUACAGAACUUCAACAAUCCUACAGAACACAGUUACAGAACUUCAACAAUCCUACAGAACUUCAACAAUCCUACAGAACACAGUUACAGAACUUCAACAAUCCUACAGAACACAGUUACAGAACUUCAACAAUCCUACAGAACACAGUUACAGAACUUCAACAAUCCUACAGAACUUCAACAAUCCUACAGAACACAGUUACAGAACUUCAACAAUCCUACAGAACUUCAACAAUCCUACAGAACACGGUUACAGAACUUCAACAAUCCUACAGAACUUCAACAAUCCUACAGAACACAGUUACAGAACUUCAACAAUCCUACAGAACUUCAACAAUCCUACAGAACUUCAACAAUCCUACAGAACACGGUUACAGAACUUCAACAAUCCUACAGAACACAGUUACAGAACUUCAACAAUCCUACAGAACUUCAACAAUCCUACAGAACUUCAACAAUCCUACAGAACACGGUUACAGAACUUCAACAAUCCUACAGAACACAGUUACAGAACUUCAACAAUCCUACAGAACUUCAACAAUCCUACAGAACACAGUUACAGAACUUCAACAAUCCUACAGAACACAGUUACAGAACUUCAACAAUCCUACAGAACACAGUUACAGAACUUCAACAAUCCUACAGAACUUCAACAAUCCUACAGAACACAGUUACAGAACUUCAACAAUCCUACAGAACACGGUUACAGAACAUCAACAAUCCUACAGAACUUCAACAAUCCUACAGAACUUCAACAAUCCUACAGAACACGGUUACAGAACUUCAACAAUCCUACAGAACUUCAACAAUCCUACAGAACACGGUUACAGAACUUCAACAAUCCUACAGAACUUCAACAAUCCUACAGAACACAGUUACAGAACUUCAACAAUCCUACAGAACUUCAACAAUCCUACAGAACACAGUUACAGAACUUCAACAAUCCUACAGAACUUCAACAAUCCUACAGAACACAGUUACAGAACUUCAACAAUCCUACAGAACUUCAACAAUCCUACAGGACACGGUUACAGAACUUCAACAAUCCUACAGAACUUCAACAAUCCUACAGGACACGGUUACAGAACUUCAACAAUCCUACAGAACACGGUUACAGAACAUCAACAAUCCUACAGAACACGGUUACAGAACAUCAACAAUCCUACAGAACACGGUUACAGAACUUCAACAAUCCUACAGAACACGGUUACAGAACUUCAACAAUCCUACAGAACACGGUUACAGAACACGGUUACAGAACUUCAACAAUCCUACAGAACACGGUUACAGAACUUCAACAAUCCUACAGAACACGGUUACAGAACUUCAACAAUCCUACAGAACACGGUUACAGAACUUCAACAAUCCUACAGAACACGGUUACAGAACUUCAACAAUCCUACAGAACACGGUUACAGAACUUCAACAAUCCUACAGAACACGGUUACAGAACUUCAACAAUCCUACAGAACACGGUUACAGAACUUCAACAAUCCUACAGAACAUGGUUGCCUUUCCAGUUGGCAGAUAGAUACAAUUAGGUGAAUCAGUGGACAUGUAAAGCUGCAGUACUUUGUAAAGGUGCAGUACUUUGUAAAGGUGCAGUACUUUGUACAGCUACAGUACUUUGUAAAGAUGCAUUACUUUCAUGUAAAGGUGCAGUACUUUAAUGUAAACCUGCAGUACUUUGUAAAGGUGUAAUACGUCCAUGUAAAGAUGCAGUACUUUGUUAAGCUGCAGUACUUUAUGUAAAGAUGCAGUACUUUGUUAAGCUGCAGUACUUUCAAGUAAAGGUGCACUACUUUCAUGUAAAUCUGCAGUACUUUCAUUUAAAUCUGCAGUACUUUCAUGUAAAUAUGCAGUACUUUCAUGUAAAGCUGCAAUACUUUCAUGUCAAUAUGCAGUACUUUCAUGUAAAGCUGCAAUACUUUCAUGUAAAGCUGCAGUACUUUCAUGUAAAGCUGCAAUACAUUCAUGUAAAUCUGCAGUACUUUCAUGUAAAUCUGCAGUACUUUCAUGUAAAUCUGCAGUACUUUCAUGUAAAGGUGCAGUACUUUUAUGUAAAUCUGUAGUACUUUCAUGUAAAGGUGCAGUACUUUCAUGUAAAUCCGCAGUACUCUCCAAGUGCUACUCUACUCUUUGAUUCCAGCCAAUGAGUUCUGGUGAGAAGUGGCCUACCUCCUGAGCCAGUACCCUUUUCAUCCCAUGUUAUUUCACGUGUUUGGCUAGUGUUCCGUGUGGUCGUCGGGGAUGAUUUUAACAACGUGUCGGUGACCAUCGUGGUGGGGUUGUAAUCGUUGCUCAAAGUGAGACAGUGUUGUUAAAAUACAGUUGCAAAAAUUACCGGUAACUUUUCUAAGAAUUCUCAGGUUUCCCGCCCCAAAAGAAAUCCUGGUUGGAAGACUCCUGGAAUCAGGAAGGAAUCCUCCAUUUGGGAUUCCUGGGAAACCUGGGAAUUUGGGGAAAGGUGCUGUAAUUCUGCAUCUCUAGUUGUAAAGCACAGGGCUGAUGUACAAGCUGCUUAUAGCAUCUAAAUACCUGUGUUAAUUAACGAGGUGAUAUUUACAUAGUGACUGUGUGUGGAUUCUUUACAUUGAUGUUGAUGUACAGUAUGAUGCAGUUCUAUGUUUAUAUAAAAUGAUUGUUAUAUCUUUUAUAUAAAAUAAUGUCCGGUCCAAGAUGUUCACAUGUAAACGACGAGGGACAAGUUAAAUUGCAAUAAAGGCAAACGUAUGUCAUUAAAAUAUAUGUUUUACCAUUGAGACAUAUUGACACAAAAUUGAUAUCCACAGGUCUUUCUGAUGAGUUUUUCAUACAAGUCACAUAUCCCAUAAAUAAGAAUAUAACGUAUCUAUGACUAUGAUGGAUUACUAGCUAUGAAACAAGUAGGAUCUCAGGUGAGAUGUUGUCAGUGGUUGACUUAGGUCGUAGCUCACCGAGGUUCGGCACCUCAAAUGUUAUUCUGCUUGAGUUUCUCUGAUCGAAUAUUAGAUCAAAAGUAUCGCAGAUUUCCAGCACCUAAAUAUAAACAGAACCAGCAGUCAAAGUGAAUAUCGACACCUAUUUCAGUCCAAGUCAAACACUGGGUGAUGCCUUUUUCCUAUAGACACUUUCCAGGUGGAGAAUGUCAGUAAUCCAACAGCACCACCUAGUGGUAUACAUGUAGUAUGACUAGUACUGAAUAGUUGGUUGGCUCAAACUCAGCAUGUCAGGUGUCCGUGUGUCAGCUGGGUUUUGUACUUGAAGUGGUCCUGUAUUAUUUUAGGAGUAUUAGCCUGAAAUCCAGACCUGUUUUGUGCUAUCAUUCUACACCCUGUACUCCGUGUCUAUAUGUUUCGGCAUGACACAGAGUGUGAAGGAGUGGAAUGAUAAGAGCCGUACAGACCGGUAUCCAGGCAACCAACGGACCGGUAUCCAGGCAACCACUUAAUAACAUGGUGCAGAAAACGCUCACAGUUCCGUGUUUGUCUCUUUGAUGAUGUGGUGCUGGGAGGACAGUUUUGUUGUCAUGGUGACUUUCAUGGAUUUCACUAGUUGACCAGGACACACAAUGAGUUGACCAGGACACACAAUGAGUUGACCAGGACACACAAUGAGUUGACUAGGACACACAAUGAGUUGACCAGGACACACAAUGAGUUGACUAGGACACACAAUGAGUUGACCAGGACACAAUGAGUUGACCAGGACACACAAUGAGUUGACUAGGACACACAAUGAGUUGACCAGGACACACAAUGAGUUGACUAGGACACACAAUGAGUUGACCAGGACACACAAUGAGUUGACCAGGACACACAAUGAGUUGACCAGGACACACAAUGAGUUGAUAUAAUGAGUUGACCAGGACACACAAUGAGUUGACCAGGAUACACAAUGAGUUGACCAGGGGACAUAAUGAGUUGACCAGGACACACAAUGAGUUGACCAGGAGACAUAAUGAGUUGACCAGGACACACAAUGAGUUGACCAGGAGACAUAAUGAGUUGACCAGGACACAAUGAGUUGACCAGGAGAUAUAAUGAGUUGACCAGGACACACAAUGAGUUGACCAGGACACACAAUGAGUUGACCAGGACACACAAUGAGUUGACCAGGACACACAAUGAGUUGACCAUGACACACAAUGAGUUGACCAGGACACACAAUGAGUUGACCAGGACACACAAUGAGUUGACCAGGACACACAAUGAGUUGACCAGGACACACAAUGAGUUGACCAUGACACACAAUGAGUUGACCAGGACACACAAUGAGUUGACCAGGACACACAAUGAGUUGACCAGGACACACAAUGAGUUGACCAGGACACACAAUGAGUUGACCAGGACACACAAUGAGUUGACCAGGACACACAAUGAGUUGACCAGGACACACAAUGAGUUGACCAGGACACACAAUGAGUUAACCUUUUUUAAGGAGUUUUAGUUUUCAAAUACACCUUUUUGACACAAUAAUUAUACAAGAUGUUUGGUUUAAUCACACCAUGUAUGGAAUUAUAGACAGAUUCAUUAAGAUGUUUGGUUGUUCAACAUGAGAUGUGAUCAGAUCAACAAAAGGGAUAAGUCCUUUACUAAGUGUUUUAUAAAUCCACAUUUUCGUGUUAUUUAAAUGUUUAUAAUGUUAUGAUUGACUUGUGGUACUAAAGCCAUACAAUCGUAUGCUUGUAAUAUUUUAUAAGAGAUGUUUCAUUUUGAACAUUUGUUUGUUUGUUACAACCACCUUGAUUGACACACACUGCAUGUUCAGUUGUGAGGAUUUGAUGAGUUGAUUUGAUUUGAUUUGAUGAGUUGAUUUGAUGAGUUGAUUUGAUUUGAUGAGUUGAUUUGAUUUGAUUUGAUGAGUUUGUAUUUUUGUUCUCAGUUAAAAGCACUUCUGAAGACACUCAUUUUAAUGACAAAUCAUUUGAAGGAUUUUUUUUAAAAAAUGUGUCAUUUUAUAGGGGAAUAAAGUUUCAUACUGUG